AUGCCAGGUUCAUCACAUAUUCCCCCAACGUCAGGUACAUGUGAUUUUCCGCCUGCAUUUUGCAUUUGCUGCUCAUUUUUUGGGGGUAUUUGUUUGGCAGAAACACUGCCGUGGAGAAGGUUCUCCUCACUUCCUUCUCCCUUCCUCACUUCCCAGGCAGUGGGGAAUCCUGGUCCUUCUUCAGGCCGCGGGGUACUUCGGCCAAUUCGACCGGACGAUCUUUGGCACGGCGGUGAUUUCGGCCUGUCAGAUGCUGAGAUGAGCUAUGCUGCAUCCUUUGUGGGUCUAGCUGCCGUGCUGGCCUGCGCGGUAUCCUGCCUGUCGGACAAGUUUGGGCGAGCUCGAGUGCUAACCUGGACAUUGGUGCCAUAUACACUGGCGACGGCAUGCACGGCCAUCUCCCAGGGCAUCGUCACCUUUGCUUUUUUCCAAUUCUUGGCACAAGCAUUUAUCACAGCUGAAGGCAUUAUCUCACAUGUGAUGGUGCUCGAGGAGAUGCCUGCAGACAGCCGGGGGUGGGCUAUUGGUGCUCUGAACACGGGCUCCGCCUGUGGUGUUGGUUUAGCUUUGCUUCUCUUUGGGAUCUCAAAUGGCGCGUGGCGUUUAAUGUAUGCGCUCUCCAUUCUGCCCCUUCUUGGAGUUGGAUAUGUGCGGCGAGCAUUGCCGGAGACCAGGCGCUGGGCAUCCCUGAAAGAUACGUCCCUUUCGGCAGACACUCAUGACCCUGGAGGUUUGCAGCUCCCAGCUGUCAAUAUUGGCUCUCCGGGUGGUGAUUUCCUUGGGCUGCAUCACGAGCAUGAGGAAAGGAGUAGCAGCUCACCAUCGAAGUGCCACAAGCAAUUGGAGCAGGUGAAGCAACAGCAUGUGGCCAUCUUGGCCACAACCUUCCUCGGCAGCUUGUUCCCAAGUUCUGCCAACUUCAACGUCUCCAAACACAUCCAGGUAGUACACGGCUUUGGUGCGACCGGCUAUGCCAAGCUCUCAUUUAUUGGAGGCUUUUUGUCACUGUCAGCCUUUGCCUUGGCGGGCUACUUCGGUGACCGCUACGGGCGAAAGAAACUGGGCAUUCUGGGCAUCCUGCUCAAGACCCUGGUGGAUGUAGCAUUCUACAGUGUAGCUGCAGGCGCUGAGUCAGUGUCUUUGAUUGUGAUUCUAUUCUGCAUUCGCGUGGCCCUGGGAAUGGCACUGGACACCAACUUCCAGGCUCUUUCGGGUGAAGUCUUCCCAACGGAAAGGCGCACCAGCGCCCAGGGCAUCUUGGUGCUGAUCGGCGGCUUGGGUGGUCCCUUAGGACUGCUCUUCUCCACGCGGCUUGUGCCCUAUGUGGGGACCACGGCAGCUGCUGCCAGGCUUCUUGCCUGUGGCCAGCUGAUCUGUGCAGUGAUCCUGUGCCUAUGGCUUCCUGAGACAAGGGGACGUGAACUCGAAGAAAUCAAUAGUUGA